AUGGCUUCGGGGCUGGCGGAGGCGGAGACCCGGCAGAGGCUGCUGCGCACCGUCAAGAAGGAGGUGAAGCAGAUCAUGGAGGAGGCCGUCACACGCAAGUUUGUCCACGAGGACAGCAGCCACAUCAUCUCCUUCUGCGCGGCCGUGGAGGCCUGCGUCCUGCACGGGCUGCGGAGGCGGGCGGCUGGCUUCCUGCGCAGCAACAAGAUCGCAGCUCUCUUCAUGAAAGUGGGCAAGAGCUUCGCGCCGGCCGAGGAGCUGAGCCGCAAGGUGCAGGACCUGGAGCAGCUGAUCGAGAGCGCGCGAAAUCAGAUCCAGGGCCUCCAAGAGAACGUGCGAAAGCUGCCAAAACUGCCCAACCUGUCCCCACUUGCCAUCAAGCACCUGUGGAUCCGCACGGCCUUGUUUGAGAAGGUCCUGGACAAAAUUGUUCAUUACCUUGUAGAAAACAGCAGUAAGUAUUACGAGAAGGAAGCUCUCCUGAUGGACCCAGUGGACGGCCCCAUCCUUGCGUCUUUGCUGGUGGGGCCCUGCGCCCUGGAGUACACCAAGAUGAAGACUUCCGACCACUUCUGGACGGACCCUUCGGCCGACGAGCUUGUCCAGAGGCACCGCAUCCACAGCUCGCACCUCAGGCAGGACUCGCCCACCAAGCGCCCGGCCCUCUGCAUCCAGAAAAGGCAUUCGAGUGGCAGCAUGGACGACCGGCCCUCCCUCUCCGCCCGUGACUACGUGGAGUCCCUGCAUCAGAACUCCCGCGCCACCCUGCUCUACGGCAAGAACAACGUUCUGGUCCAGCCGAGAGAUGACAUGGAGGCCGUCCCGGGGUAUCUGUCCCUGCACCAGACGGCUGACGUCAUGACCUUGAAGUGGACGCCCAACCAGCUGAUGAAUGGGUCUGUGGGGGACCUGGACUAUGAGAAGAGCGUCUACUGGGACUACGCAAUGACCAUCCGCCUGGAGGAGAUUGUCUACCUGCAUUGCCACCAGCAAGUGGACAGCGGCGGGACAGUGGUGUUGGUCAGCCAGGACGGGAUCCAGAGGCCGCCCUUCCGCUUCCCCAAGGGAGGGCACCUCCUGCAGUUCCUCUCGUGCCUAGAGAACGGGCUGCUCCCUCAUGGGCAGCUGGACCCGCCACUCUGGUCUCAGCGGGGGAAGGGCAAAGUGUUCCCCAAACUGCGCAAGCGAAGCCCCCAGGGUUCAUCCGAGUCCACGUCUUCAGACAAGGAAGAUGACGAGGCCACGGAUUACGUGUUCAGGAUCAUCUACCCUGGCACGCAGUCUGAACUCGUUCCCCAGGACCUAAUGGAUGUCUCUGUGAGCAACCUGCCAUCCCUGUGGCAGCCCAGCCCCCGGCAGUCCUCCUGUUCCUCCUGUUCACAGAGUGGCUCGGCUGAUGGUGGCUCAACCAACGGCUGCAACCAUGAGAGGGCUCCCUUGAAGCUUCUCUGUGACAAUAUGAAGUACCAGAUCCUUUCCAGAGCCUUCUAUGGAUGGCUUGCCUACUGCAGACACCUGUCUACCGUGAGGACCCACCUGUCAGCCCUGGUCAAUCACAUGAUCGUGUCCCCUGACUUGCCCUGUGAUGCUGGACACGGGCUGACGGCCGGGAUCUGGGAGCAGUACCUACAGGACAGCACAAGUUACGAGGAGCAGGAGCUGCUACGUCUCAUCUACUACGGGGGCAUCCAGCCGGAGAUCCGCAAAGCCGUGUGGCCUUUCCUCCUGGGCCACUACCAGUUCGGGAUGACAGAAACAGAGAGAAAGGAGGUGGACGAGCAGAUUCAUGCCUGCUACGCACAGACCAUGUCUGAGUGGCUGGGCUGCGAGGCGAUCGUGCGGCAGAGGGAGCGGGAGUCCCACGCGGCCGCCCUGGCCAAAUGCUCAUCGGGGGCCAGCCUGGACAGCCACCUGCAGCGGAUGAUGCACCGGGACUCCACCAUCAGCAACGAGUCCUCCCAGAGCUGCAGCUCCGGCCGCCAGAACGCCCGCCUGCAGAGCGACUCCAGCAGCAGUACACAGGUCUUUGAGUCUGUGGACGAGGUGGAGCAGGUGGAGGCAGAAGGUAGGCUGGAGGAGAAACCGACCAAGAUCCCCAAUGGGAACCUGGUGAAUGGCACCUGCUCCCCAGACUCAGGCCAUCCCUCCUCCCACAACUUCUCCUCGGGCCUCUCGGAGCACUCAGAACCCAGCCUGAGCACGGAAGACAGCGUCCUGGACCCCCAGCGCACCGCCCCCUUGGUGCUUCGACCCAGGGACAGCAGCAUGGAUGACGGGCAGAGCAGUGAGGCCACCACCUCCCGGGACGAGGCCACUCGUGAGGAGCUGGCCGUGCAGGACAGCCUGGAGAGCGACCUCCUGGCCAACGAGAGCAUGGAUGAGUUCAUGUCCAUCACUGGCAGCCUGGAUGUGGCUCUGCCCGAAAAGGAGGGCCCCGCAAUGGAAGGCUGGAGGGGCAGCGAGGUGGAAAAGCAGAGCCAGGUGGACAGUGAGGACAACCUCUCAGAGGAGCCUGAGAUGGAGAGUCUCUUCCCCGCGCUCGCUUCUCUGGCCGUGACCACCUCGGCCAACAGCGAGGCAUCCCCUGUGUCUUCCAGUGGCGUCACCUACUCUCCUGAGCUCCUGGACCUGUACACGGUGAACCUGCACCGCAUCGAGAAGGACGUGCAGAGGUGUGACCGCAACUACUGGUACUUCACGCCCGCCAACCUGGAGAAGCUGCGGAACAUCAUGUGCAGCUACAUCUGGCAGCACAUUGAGAUCGGCUACGUCCAGGGCAUGUGUGACCUCCUGGCCCCGCUGCUGGUCAUCCUGGAUGAUGAGGCCCUUGCCUUCAGCUGCUUCACUGAGCUCAUGAAGAGGAUGAACCAGAACUUCCCCCACGGGGGCGCCAUGGACACACACUUUGCCAACAUGAGGUCGCUAAUCCAGAUCCUGGACUCAGAGCUCUUCGAGUUGAUGCAUCAGAAUGGGGACUACACUCAUUUCUACUUCUGCUACCGCUGGUUCCUGCUGGAUUUCAAGCGAGAACUCAUCUAUGAUGACGUCUUCUCUGUCUGGGAGACCAUCUGGGCAGCCAAACACGUCUCGUCCGCCCACUACGUCCUGUUCAUCGCACUGGCGCUGGUGGAGGUCUACCGUGACAUCAUCUUGGAGAACAACAUGGAUUUCACAGACAUCAUCAAAUUUUUUAACGAGAUGGCCGAGCGACACAACACCAGACAGGUCCUGAAGCUGGCCCGGGACCUCGUGUACAAGGUGCAGACCCUGAUUGAGAACAAGUGA